ACCAGUCUAUUGAGAUCCCUGACCCUUGCUUUUCACCUCUUGUUUUCACAACCUUCGCUCUCCACUGCAAGUCAACAUGCCGGGCAUUGAUAAGAUCAUCAAGGGCAUUUUGCAUUUUAGAAGGUUUGAUCGACCUUUCAUGGUAGAAGAGUUUCUGAGGGUGAAAGCGGACCCGGAGCCUAGCUCGGUGUUCUUCACAUGCAUGGACAGCCGAAUGCUGGCAUCGAGGUUCACCACCAGCCAUGUUGGGGACAACUUCUUCGUCCGUAACGCCGGGAACCUCAUCCCCAACGCCAAGCACUUCAGCUACGAGUCUGUCACCACAGAACCAGGUGCUCUAGAGCUAGGCUGCAUCAUCAACAACAUCAAGCAUGUGGUGGUUUGUGGACACUCCGACUGCAAGGCUAUGAAUGCACUGUACGGCCUCCGACACGACUGUGAGCAUCACGUGGGCACGCCGCUACAGAUGUGGCUAAAGAAGCACGGCCAGCCUUCAGUGUCCAAGUUUGAGAAGCUGGUACCAGGAAAUAACUACUCAGGACCUCUGAUGUUCCAGGGGGAGACCGAGGAAAGCAACUUUGAGGCCUACAUUGAUCCAGAGAACAAGUUCUCAAUGUCUGACAAGUUUUCUCAGGUGAACUGUCUGCAGCAACUACAGAACAUCGCCAGUUAUGAUUUCCUGAGAGAGAAGCUCUACCUGAACCACGUGCGACUCCAUGCCAUGUGGUUUGACAUCUACACUGGCAACUGCUUCAUGUUCAGUAGAGAGAGGAAGAAGUUUGUGGAAAUUUCUGAUGAAAAUUAUGCUCAUUUGAUCAAAGAUGCACACAGUGAUUUCCACUAGCAGCUAAAGUGUGGUACGGCCGGAAUUCUAGAACAAGAGAAUUUAUCAUCCAAAACUGGCUCCCACAGGAGAUAUCGCUUGGAGUAGAUCAAGCGAUAUCUACACUGUAGAUAUGCCUGCAAUGAAAUUGCAUCACAAUGCUUUGCAGACCAUUGUGACGUCA